AUGGAAGGCAGUAGCACUAUGAUCAGGCUGACAAACAAUAACUGGCAGAUUUGGAAAUCCAAAAUGGAGGACAUCCUUUAUUGUAAGGAUCUGUAUGAGCCAGUUGAAGGAGAUAGUGCAAAGCCAAAAGAGAUGGCUGAAGCUGAUUGGAUAAAACUGAACCGGAAAGCAGUCGGCACAAUCAGACAAUGGCUUGAUGAUAGUGUUUAUCACCAUGUAGCAAGUGAGAAAAGUGCUCAUGAGCUAUGGAAGAAGCUAGAGUCAUUGUAUGAGCAGAAGACGGCAGUAGAAGCAAGCAACCUGGUAAUAAAAACUGCACGAAAUUCUCAAGACCUUCCAAACUUGAUGAUACCAAUUCCCCUCAAAAGACACACAUAUAAAAGAAAUAUGUGCUGCCUUCUGCUAAUAAAUGUUGGUUUUGUAAAAAAAAAAAAGCAAGCAUCAAUCUCCAAUUAUCCGGGUAUGCACACAUACAAACUGCAAAAAGCAUACCUCUCGUUUCUUAGCAAUCUCCUCCGUCUCCUCUAA